AUGCCUCCCUGGUUCCCGGAAAUAAUAUUGACUGACGCCGAAAAUAGCGAAACGGGGUAUACUGUGGACGAGAGUCUUGAGUGCUGCCGUGGAGGUUCCAAUGAAUUGGGGCGAAAGAAGGGAAGUGGAAGCCUGACAGCUCCACGAAUGUGUAUCUUACACUGGCGGGAGAUUAUGUUUAGGCAACAGGCAGCUGGCAAGGAAAAUGACCUUAAAUAG